AUGUUCACCACGUGUUGGGACGAGUCGAGGGCUGCCUGCAUUCCAAAGGUCCAAUGCAGCACCGUGCGUUUGACCCGCAACUUACCCUGGCCUAUGGGCUAUACAGCCGCCAUUUCCAAAGUCCUAGACGAUGCCUCCGUGCCUAAUUUCAUCUGGGGCGACGUUUUGAACGCGAUUUGGGGCAGUGCUAUCUUGCCAGUUUCUUUAGGAUACAUAGUUCCGCGCGACGCGCUGGAAACUGCAAUAUCUGCCAUUGAGAAAGCAGGUCUACCCCGUUGUUCGUGCGAGGAGUCACUGCACCAUGCACAACCUGAUAACGUACUAUCGCUCCCGGUGCACUUCUCAGUCCCCACAUUCUGCGGAGUCGACCUCGUGUACCUCUGCACCCACGACCUAUUUAUCGACCUCAUACCGCUCACGCCUCGCCAUCCCAACCCAGCGGGACUGGAAUGCAUCCAAGCCAAGGUCAAUUUCCGCAACCCGGACUUUCGCCUAGAGGGCGAAGAGGACGAUAUGCAUGUUUUGAAUGUGCUGACAGGGCCAAGUCUCAAGGCUCUACUUCUCCUCCUUGCCGCGCUCUCUCCAGACAACCGCCGCGGCUUCAUUUUUACGUUUGAGUAUACUUUAUGGAUGCUCCACCAGGACGGGAAGACGUUGGAGAACCCCAAAUCACAUAGCCUUGAGGGCUACUGGGUGUUCAUGUGUAACGUGAUGGACGGGAUUCUUACGGAUAGGGUUUUGGCUGUACAGCAAGUGGAGGCCGAAUGGCGUGAGAAGCUAAGACUGUAA